AUGAAGAAAGACUAUCGCAUCUCCCGCAACGUGCGCCUCGCCUGGGUCCUCAGCCGACUCCAUCAGGUCAUCUGGGCUGUGCCUGAGCCAGAGCUGAUAAAGUCAGAAAAUGAACUUGAUGUUCUCAGCAUCCUGCCUAAUGGGUGGCAGCCAGACGAGCCUGUUCAGCCCAGGCCCUAUCUGCUUGUGCCCUCUACACGGGUCACCUUUCUGGCCCGCCAGUACCGAUUUGUGAUUGAACUUGAUCUAAGCCCUUCCACAGGGAUUGUGGAUGACUCAACAGGGGAGAUAAUUUUUGAUGAAGUGUUUCAUGCCCUUUCCCGAUGCUUGGUGGGAUUGUUAAGACCCUUUCGUAUUCCUGGUUCAGACAUUAUCUACCAGCCAGAGAUCUUUGUCACCAUCCAGGCGUAUUCCUCCAUCAUUGGCCUGCAGGCCCAUCAGGUACUGUUCCAGGGCUGUCAGCUGGAUGAAACAAAGCGAGAGGCCUUUCUGCACCAAGUUUACACACAGCUAUGUGCCUUUGAGAACAAAGUGGCAGAGGUGCUCCAGCAACAGUAUGAACCCAGACCACAGGUGGAUUUGUCGCCCCUGAGCCAAGAGAGCCCUGGUGAUGUGCAGGAGUCAUCUGGGAGGAAGCCCAGUGUGUCUGUUGUCACUGCUGAUGUUGGCCUUGUCAGCAUGGUUCGGCAGGGGAUCCUAGCACUGCAGCUGCUGCCCUCCAACUCCAGCGCAGGUAUAAUAAUAAUUACGGAUGGUGUGACUAGCGUCCCUGAUGUGUCUGUGUGUGAGACUUUACUCAACCAGCUCCGCAGUGGCACAGUGGCCUGCUCCUUUGUACAGGUGGGCGGUGUCUACUCGUACGAUUGCAGCUUUGGCCAUGUUCCCAAUGUGGAACUGAUGAAAUUCAUUGCCAUGGCCACUUUUGGUGCUUACCUCUCCACGUGCCCUGAGCUGGAUCCCCUGAGCCUUGAUCUGAAUGUGUAUCACAAGGCAUUUCUGCUGUACUCCUUUCUGCGUACUGGGGAGUCCCUGAAUCCAGAAUACUACUGCGUGUCCCAGCACAGACUGUUCAAUGAGCAUCUGGUGUCUGCAAGCAGCAACCCUGCUUUGGCCAUGAGGAGGAAGAAGCACACUGAGAAGGAGGUGCAUGCUGACCUUGUGAGCAUUGUUUCGGUCCGACUGCGUGAGGGCUACAGCAUCCGUGAAGUCAGCAUCACAAAAGGUGGAUCUCAGUUGGAGGUGAAACUAGUGCUCCUUUGGAAGCAUAACAUGAGGAUAGAGUACUUAGCUGUGACACCCUGGCCCCUGGACCCAUCAAAGCGCAGCACAUGGGUGGAGGUGACGAUGGAGGGAAGCUAUGACAUCUUGCAUGACAUCAGUUGCACCAUGAGGAAGCCUAUCACCAGUCUGUACCGCACAACAGUUAUCCGGCGCUUCUGGAACACCUUGCAGAGCAUCAACCAGACAGAUCAGAUGUUGGUUCACCUGCAGUCUUUUGACACAGUCCCAGAACACUUCACCAUUCCUGAAAGCACCAAGAAUGGGGUUCCCCUCUUCUACAUCCCCCCAGGCUCCACCACUCCGGUGCUAUCCCUGCAACACAGUGGAUCUGACUCAAGCCAUUCCCAGUUUGCCUCCUACUGGAAGCCUAUCCUUUCCAUGGAUGCCAACUUCUGGCAGAGGUGGCUGCACAUGCAUCGUAUAGUCCUCCUUCUGGAGCAUGACACGCCGGUACCCAAGCACCUUCACACGCCUGGCAACAAUGGCCGCUACAGCACUAUCCAGUGCCGCAUCUCUCACUCGGCACUCACCUCCUUGCUGCGGGACUGGAGCAGCUUCGUGUUGGUGGAGGGCUACUCCUACGUCAAACUGAUACAUGGCUCUGAGGAUCCCACACCUUCUUCGUUUUAUGUGGUGCGGAUCAUCUCCAAAGCUCCCUGCAUGGUUCUCCGGCUGGGGUUCCCCAUUGGCACACCUGCACAGGCCAGGAACAAGAUAGUGGAGGAGUUACGGGACCGAAUCUUGCAGCUGCGCUUUCCCCACAGGGUCCAGAGCAAGGAGGCAACUCCAAAAGCAAAGAGGAAAGUGUUUGGCAGUAGUUCUCCCUCCAAGUCUCCAACUGUGGCUGGGGCCCAGUCAGCCCUCUCAGACAGACCCUGCCUUGUUGUUCUGCACAAACCCUUGGAGAAGCUACUCAUCAGGUAUGAAAAGCUGCCUUCUGACUAUCGAGCCCCCUUCAUUCUCAACCUGGAGCAUCCCCCAGUGUCUGGCCCACUCACUAUGGUGGCCAAUCGUACUGCCUCUUCCACCCUGGCCUCACUGUCCCGCUACUUCUAUCACCAGCGUUGGAUCUGGAGUGUCCAGUCAGGGCUGGCACCAGCUGUGCCCAUCACUGCUGUAGCCCAACUCCUUUCUACACUCACUGAGGUGCGUCUGUCAGAGGGUUUCCAUUUUGCAUCCAGCGGGGAUGGAAUUAUCAGCAUGGUGCUGGAGCUGCCUAUGCAGAUUGACAGCUUGAGUGAGAGCAGCAGCGGCAGGGAGAAGCACACCUGUGUUGUCCAGUACAUCCUCUUCCCACCACACUCUACCUCCACCAAGGACAGCUUUUCCACAGAUGAUGACAAUGAUACGGAGGUAGAGGCCAUUGAGGUGGACACAGAACUGAACCUGGUCACUGAGUGCUGGGUAGAGCCACAGAGUGGCCAUGUCCACAGUACUGCUGAGAAUUGGAAGCACUUCCAUGGCUUGCCCUACCAGAAAAUACCUAAAGCGCUCUAUCCCCGGGACCUUGCAUGCAUUGCCACCAUGCUGACCUUUGAGUACAUCAGCCAGUUGUGCCAGAACAAGGAGUGGGUCUGCCCUCCUUCAGACAGCAAAGCUACUGAAGAUACAGACAUGGGGGCCGGUUUUCGAGUGGAUGAGAUCGGGUUCCAGUUCAACCUCAUGAAGCUGUUGCCCAGGUGCCAGCAGGUUGAAAUGUUCUUCCUAAUGCUAACAAAAGCAGAGAAUGAGGAGGUGACCAAGGACUCUUCGUUUGUGCCCAAUGAAAUGCUACUAAACCUCUUCCAUGGCUGCCUGCAGCAUGACCUCAGUGACCGGGAGAUCCCCAUGACUGAUGCUGAUCACGUGGCUUUCAUGGAGCAGGUUCUGCAACGGGAUCGUGAUGGCCAUCAAGCCCCCUUCACACUUCCUGUGAUCAGAGAAGAAACCCUGAAAGCCUCUGGGACCUUGGAGCAGCAGGAUGCUUCUGCAUCCUGUCAUCUUGUUGGCAGUAAUGGCACCAGGGAUAUGGCUGGCUCCACAAGUACUCUGCAGAGCCUUGGCAACACGGAGCUGCCUGAGGAUGACGUGACCUUGAGUGACACCAUGGGGUCCUUUCCCCCACAAUGGCGAUGCUAUGCCAAGCUGGUCAACCCACAGCAUGUAUUCCUGACCUUCCUGCCAGCCACCUUCACAGAUGUACAGAAGCUGAUGGCUUGUGGGUUGGGCAAACCUCGAAAAGAUGAGAGUCGAUCUGGAGAGGAUACCCUGAGACCUGUCUGUGCAGAGCAAGUCAGGGCUGAGGCUGAAGAAGGGGAUGCUGCAGUGCCAUUACCUAUCCUCAGCAUAACACCAGCCCACGAAGUGAGCUGUGACCCUGGAGAACAGGGUGGCCCCUCGCGGAGAGAUGUACAUAUCUCCUUUUGUCGCCAGAACUCACAGUCUGAGCUAGGCGAGUGCCGCCGAUUUCGCUGCCCCAUUUACAUCUACAGCUGCUCUUUGGAGCUGUUACGAGAGCAGCUUGUCAGCCCACGGGCACACUGUCCUCCCCGGGACAUCUUUUUGAGGUCCCAGUCUCUGGAACGUCCCCCUACUGCUGCUUGGCUAGACCACAAGCAUAAGGAGUUGGUGAGUUACUGCACACUGCUGCAGGAGCACUCUCACCAGUGCUAUGUAAAAGGGCUGUUCAAGAGUCUUCAGCAGUCACACAGCAUCAGCUCCCAGGACCUACUUACAGCCAUGGACUACUGUGAGGAGCUGCUCCAAGAGAUUGAUAUCACCAACUUCCUGCUGACAGUGUGCAGCCAUGUCCGCUCAUUCCGAGAGAGCCACCAACAUUUCCAUACACACUCCAAAACAGCCAGCUUCCAAGUGGACAACAUAGAGCAAGAAGAGGAGCAGAGCUGUAGGGAACAGGGUAUUUUGGUCUCUGAAUCAAGUAUGGACAUGGAGGACUACAGUGAGCAGGACUCCCGUAACAUUGCUAGCCCCACAGAGGAACCAAAGAGCAGUGUGGGCACCAGCUGCUGUUCAGAGUUUCCUCUCUCGCUGCUUGAAAUUGGACAGCCUUGCCAGGCGCACCCUGACUUGCAUAGAAUUAUCCAGGAAAAAUUCCUGGAAAUUGGAAGUUUACAUUUCAAGCCGGUGCCAUCAAAUCCUCACUAUUUCUUCUAUUGCCCACCAUCAGCCAAGAAAGAGGAAGAGGCAUCUCGGGAUCAGGCAGACAGGAAAGGCAGUGAGGAUGUGGAGGGAUCAGAGGCAGAACUGGCAGCUGAAGAAGGAACUGUGUCUGGGUGCUGCAUUGCCACAGAGAGUGACCCAGAGCUGGAGGUGGAGUACCGUGAGAAGCUGGAGCAUGAGUUCCCAGACACAGAUUCCCUCUCGGACUCCAACACAGUGAACCAGGAUGAUGACUCCUUCAGUGUGCUGGGAGGGGACUCACUCAAUGAGCAGGAGUUUGUGGAGCAGGAGAUGCCCCCACUCUUUGUGCACCUUACCUGCUCAGUGAAGCUGCGUAGCCAGCACAGCUCCAUGCCCGUGCAGUCCCUGCCAACUUGUCUAGGGGAAGUUCUGGGCUGCCUGGAAAGCUGCCAGGGCUUGAACACCAUUGACUUGGGGGACCUCUGUGUGACCCUGGACAUCUUCGUGCUGACAUUGCCCCUGGAGAUAGAAGUUGUGAAUGCAGACAUUCUCCACAACAGAUGCACCUCUGAGAGCAGCGUGUCCUUCACACGCUCUCCAGGGCAACCAUCCUCUUUCCGCUCAGAUGAGGAUAUCAUGCACAACUUGGAACGGCUCCCGUCUACAGUAGAUGAGAGGCACCCUGCACUUUCCAACCUCCCUGGAGUGCACAGGCAGGCUAUUGAGGCCACUAUGAAUGAGAUUCGCUGGCUCCUGGAUGAUGAGAUUGUGUCCGCAUUGCGCCACUCGCAGGUCAUCAGCACCUCCAUCCUGCACCGGGUGGCCACCCACAUCUAUAACUCCAAGGGACGGCCCAGCUGCCACAGCGAGGUGGUGCUACUCCAGUUUGUCUUUGGACCCGAGCACUCUCUGGAGAAAUUCAAGGAGGAGUUCAGAAGAAUGUCUCUGCCAGGCUACAUGCUUAAUGCGGAAGGCAGUGACUACCACUACAUCUCCAUCAGCCGCCUGCACUCUAGGCGGGCAGCUCCAAACCCUUUGGGGACACCCUGCUUGCACCAGUCAGCUGAAGGGGGCACCAGGACAACCCUGGGGCAGGCAGGCCACGAGGGGAGUGGUGAAGCAGAGGCAGAGGGCUCCAAGCUACACCAUGUAAGCUGUGUCCUCCCAGAAGGAGCCCAGGGUGUCUGGGUGUGGCCGGAGAGUGAGAUGCGCAUUGUGCAAGACACAAGAAACCCCAUAGAUGGGGUCAGCCACACACAGGAUGAGGCCCCGGGAGAAGCACUGAGCCUUGAGCAGAGCAGAGCACCUGGCCGUGAGUCCCUCGAGGAGGCAGCUCCAGAAACAACCAUACAGUCACUGCCAUCCUCAUCGUCCGAAAAGGGCAACAGCGAGAAAUCGCCAUUGGUGAUGCCAUUAGCAGCAAGCCUGGCUGACUCCGUAGCACAGGGCAGGGAAG